GUAAAAAUGGCUGCUGUAUUGUUUAACACGUUCUCUUUUUUGCGAGAAGUAUACAACCAGGUGAAACCAUAUCCUACCAGGACCAAGUACGGGCUUCCUCCACCUCACAAGUGUCAUGUCAUUAUUUCAGAUGAGCAGAUUGGUGAUCGACCUGUUCUAAUUAUUGGUGAUAUUCAUGGUUGUUUUGAUGAGCUUCAAGAUCUCAUUCUACAGGCAAAACAAAGGAUCAAUAAUUCAGAUGUGUUUAUUGUUUUUGUGGGUGACAUGUUGAAUAAAGGCCCCAAAAAUCUGGAGGUUUUGACUCUAAUUCGUGAUCUUACAGAGAACGGUGCAGCAACUGCAGUCAAAGGAAACCAUGAGGAAUCUCUGCUCAGAGAAUAUCGAAAUAUGAAUCAAAACAAGGACUACAUUCUCUCUCAAAAGUAUCAAUAUUUGAGCAAAUUUUCUACUGAUGAUUUCAAGUACCUUCUAAAUUUGCCCUACUCUUUAACCAUUCCCAGGAUAAACUCAAUAGUAGUCCAUGCAGGUCUAGUUCCAGGAGUUCCACUUGAACAUCAAUGUUUAAUAAAUAUCUGUCAUAUGAGGAAUCUUGUUUACAAUGAAACUGUGUUGGGUCCUGUCCCUGUUGCUCACAGUAAGCCGGAGAUUGGUGUAGCAUGGGGCACACUGUGGAAAGGUCCUCAGCAUGUUUAUUAUGGCCAUGAUGCCCGGAGAGGACUGCAAGAUUUGCCUUUUGCUACAGGACUGGACACUGGGUGUGUAUAUGGAGGGGAGCUUACAGGAAUAGUGAUAGAUAAAAAUGGGGAUAAAUUCUUUGUGACUGUUCCCGCUAAACAGACUUAUUACUCAAAUAAUGAUAAUCAUUAA